UCAUCCACACUAGUAAAAAUCUAUCGCAUAGCCACUGUAGUGCCACUUAAAAACCGUGGCUAUUUAAAAGAAGCCACGAUACCGCCACGUAAAAGCCACGAGACGUAAAAAGCCACGGUAAAAUUAAGAAAGCCACGACCCAGUCACGAAACAAAGCGUGGCAACUAAAAGCCACGGAACCGCUACGAAAUUUUCGUGGCUGUAUAAAUUAGCCACGAAUUUGCCACUAAUAAAACGUGGCACCAUUUUGUUUUUUUGUGCCGACAUCAAAAAGGAAGUGUUACGUCCAAUCGUUUGACGAAAUGGGAUCUAGCCACGGUUGUUUCAUGGCUGUUUCGUGGCUAUACAUGCUUUUUGAGUCUUUAUUCUGGUUAUGGCAGAGAAAUAUUCGUUUGGCAAUGAUAUUUUAAGAGAGCCACGAAAAUUUCGUGGCCUGGUCGUGGCUAUGUCGUAUCAUAUAUACGCUUCAUAACCGUGACAUUUAGAACUUUUGUUCUUCUCUCAAAUUUUCAGAACAAAAUGUCUUUCUACUUUCAAUCUAGAGAAUGGAUGGAUCAAAGAAUUGAUCCUGAGAGUAAUCAGGUUUCUGAAAUAUUUCUUGGAGGUGUUGAUGCAUUUAUUCAAUUUGCGUGUAAUCAAGAAGAUUACAAAGAAAGAGAAACUUUGUUGUGUCCGUGUGCUCGAUGCAAAAAUGUGAAGCAACGUGAAGCAAGAGUUGUCGCACGACAUCUAUUCUUGUACGGUUUCAAGGGAAAUUAUUAUUUUUGGACGAGUCAUGGAGAGAAAUUCAACGAUCUUGGUGAGAGUUCUGGGGCGAAUCAUUCGACGGGUGAAGAAGAAAUGUUAGAGACUCCUAUUUGGAAUGCUUAUGAAGAUCACCACCUGAAUAUUCCAGAGGUACCCGCAGACAUUGCGCCAGCUUACAUGCCGGAAGCUAUAGAAGAGACAGACAUGGCACAACCCUAUCAUGAUAGUGUUUUUGAAGCAUUUGAAGCAGCAACUCAACCUCUCUACGAAGGAUGUGCAGAAGGAAUUUCUCAGUUGUCUCUUGCUUCGCGGAUGAUGAAAGUGAAGACAGAUUAUAAUCUACCAGAAGCUUGUGUAGAUGAGAUAUCUGAAGUAUUUAAAAACAUACUUCCGCAGCCAAAUAAAGCUCCAGCAACAUAUUACGAGACAAAGAAACUGACACGGUCGCUUGGGUUACCCUUACAGAAGAUUGACGUAUGUGUGAAGAACUGUAUGUUAUUUUGGAAGGGAGACGAUGCGAAGUUGGUCAGUUGUCGGUUUUGUGGAGAAGAUCGCUACUACCCGAAGAACGGAAAAGGUAAAAACAAACCGAAACAGAGAAUGUUUUACCUCCCAAUAGCAGAUCGUCUUAAACGUCUAUACCAACUUGAGGCGACAGCUUCCAAUAUGCGGUGGCAUAAGGAACAUGUAACUCCGGAAGGAGAAAUACAUCAUCCAUCUGAUGCCAUAGCGUGGAAACACUUCGGUGAGUUAUAUCCUGGAUUUGCUGCUGAAAGCCGAAACAUUUAUCUAUGCUUAUCAACGGAUGGGUUUAAUCCGAUUGGUAUGAAUGGCGAAGCACAUUCCCUUUGGCCAGUUAUUGUAACUCCAUACAAUUUGCCUCCGGGAAUGUGUAUGAAAAGAGAAUUCUUAUACCUUUCGGUGCUAAUUCCCGGACCCAAACAUCCAAGAAAAAGCUUAGAUAUUUACCUUCAGCCGCUGAUUGAAGAGUUACAGAGUUUAUGGAAAGAUGGAGUGGAGGCAUAUGAUAUUUCAAGGAAAGAAAGAUUCAUAAUGCGAGCAGUGUUGAUGUGGACGAUAAGCGAUUUUCCAGCGUAUGGGAUGCUUUCAGGUUGGACGACACAUGGUCGGUUAUCGUGUCCAUAUUGUCAAGAUGAGACAGGUGCGUUCUGGUUACGUAAUGGACGGAAACAUAGUUGGUUUGAUUGCCACAGAAGAUUUUUAGAUGAAGAUCAUCCUUACAGGAGAAACACUCAAGCAUUUACACGGGGAAAAACAGUUGUGGAUCCUCCUCCACCAUGGUUGACGGGAGAAGAAAUAUUGCGUGAGAGGAUAAAUAAUAUAAAAGGUUUAUCAAAGUCCGUUGAAUGUGGAGGGAAUGGACAUGAUAAUCCAUCCAAGACAAUAUCUGAAUACGGAGUUACUCACAAUUGGGUUAAGAAGAGUAUUUUCUGGGAGUUGCCGUAUUGGGAAACUCAUCUUCUUCGGCAUAACCUUGAUUUCAUGCACAUUGAGAAAAACUUCUUCGAUAACCUCACGAACACAUUGUUAAAUGCUCCUGGAAAGACAAAAGACAACGUCAAAAGCAGAUUGGAUCUUCCAGGUCUAUGCAAAAGGCGUGAUUUAGAGAUGAAAGAGGAUGGAACGAUGCCCGUGCCAAUAUUCAGGCUGUCAAAUGCGGCUAAGCGAGAAUUCCUUCUGUGGCUGAAAAAUGAUAUAAAAUUCCCCGAUGGAUAUUCCUCCAAAUUUAGUCGAUGUAUUGACGAAAGCAAUUUAAAGCUACAUGGACUGAAAAGUCAUGAUUGUCAUGUCAUUAUGCAACGACUCUAUCCAUUUGCAUUCGCGGAACUUCUUCCAAAAAAUGUUCAUACGGCAAUUAGAGAUAUUGCCCUCUUUUUCCGAGAUAUCUCUUCGAGGAUUUUGAAAGAAUCAGAUAUUGGUCUUUUAAAGGCAAAUAUCGGUGUGAAGCUUUGUAACUUGGAAAAGAUUUUUCCUCCAUCGUUCUUCGAUGUUAUGCAACAUCUUCUUGUGCACCUUCCAGAUGAGGUAGCCUUAGGUGGGCCCGUCCAUUUUAGGUGGAUGUAUGUAUUUGAAAGAUACAUGUACCAUUUGAAGAAGAUGGUCAGAAACAAAGCACGCAUUGCGGGUUCGAUAGUUGCACAAUGGAUAAACGAGGAGAUUUCAAGAGCAUCCUCAAAUUAUUUUGGUCAUCCUGAGAUCAUGAGCAUUCCAGAAGGUCCAAAUGAUAUUCGUUUCUCAUACAAUUAUCCGGAUGUACCACCUUUGUUUUACCACGAAGGGAGAAUCAGUGGUCAAUGCUCAACUGGUUGGUUAAAUGAUAAAGAUAACACCGUUCUUCAGACAUUUAUGAUGCUCAACUGUGAAACAUUUGCUCCAUAUGAAAGGAUGUUUGAAGAAUAUAUGACACGGAGUAUUCCUGAUAUUACUCCAGUUGCAAUGCAAAAAGCGAAAGACACCAACUUUGCAGAGUGGUGCAAAGACUAUAUUAAUGAUGCGACUCAGUUUUACACAUUUCCUAUGUGGAUGUUGGAUUUUGUACAAGGUCCUAGGCGCAAUUAUAGGUCUUGGCCAAUAUAUCACACCCGGGGAUACACUUUCCACACACAUAACCACGGUCAAAAUAGAAAAACUCAACAUUAUGGUGUUUGUGUUCCUGGAACCAAUGAGACAGACUACUAUGGCCUCAUACAGGAGAUUAUGAUGGUGGAGUAUCAUGGUGAUGUUGGCUUGAAGGUCAUGAUUUUUAAAUGUUCGUGGUUUGACACCACGGAAAAUCGCGGUAUGAGAAUACAUCCAUCUGGUCUUGUUGAUGUCUCACCACGAAGACAAUAUGCAAAAUAUGAUCCUUUUGUAUUACCUGGUAAUUGUGAUCAAGCAUGUUUUAUUUCUUAUCCACGGGUACGCCGACAUUCUGCCGAUGAUUGGUGGGCAUGCGCAAAAAUUAUUCCUCGAGGAAUCCGAGAAACGUCCGAAAUUGCUUUAACUGCGUGGCAGGAUGAUAGACGUGACCAAGUUGCAGAAAGUUCAUUGUUACGGGUGGAAACACAUGUUGUUGACGAUGUUUCUGAUUAUGAUCUUGCCCCGGUGAAUCCUCCAAACGAUGAAUAUGUAUCAGAUGUUGAGGUACAAUCAGACGGUGAUUCAGAGUAGUCAAAUAUAUGCUUAAGGUUGUAAAAUAUGUUAUAAGGUUUGUAAAAUAUGUUGUAAGGUUGUAAAAUAUGUUAUAAGGUUUGUAAAAUAUGUUGUGAGAUUGUUGGAAAAAUUAUAUUAUGUAAAAUAUAUGAAUGUAAUAUAUGAAUGUAUGAAGGGUUUGAAUUGUAGUU